CGCUCACAAAAGUUGUCACAAUCCAUUGGCAUUGUUAGAACAAACAAGGAGAUCUUCAUUAAUUAUAAUGGCGGAAUGUGGAGAAGGCGGAGUUACAAACCGUGACAAGAUAGAUCAUAUGUAUGAAACAGUUCUCAACCACACGUACAAAGGGUAUUUGAAGAAAGACAAAGGUGAUGCUACCGUAAACAAUCCCAAUCCCAAUGAUGCAGUAAAAAAUCCCAAGGAUUAUGGGAAAUGGAGAAAAGCCAAAACAACCUAUUGGUUUGCAAAAUCGGUGCUGACGACCCCAUAUUAAUUUCAAACACCUACGGGAGUGCAAAAGGUAAUCACGCAGAGGAAAAAAUGAUACAGGAAUUGAUUAAAAAAAGCAAAGUGAAGGACUCCACCAAGUCCACCAACUCUUCUGGUCCUGAGUCCGACAUCAUCGACAAGCUAAAUAAAAUGGCAAUCGAAGAACCGAAAAAAGAAAGCAAAACUGAGGAAACCAAGGCACUGACUAUAACCAUAUUCAUAAACAAUUCCCCUUGCUCUCAAUUUCCUCACAAUUGCACCGGCGAAUUGAUCAAAAUGUUGGACAACAACGAUCAGGUUAACUUGAUAUUGUACGUCGCCAAUUUGUACAAUAUUUGUCGGGAGUCUUGCAAAGUAGAAUACCACAAUGGCUUUAUAGGACAGAAAAAUCACACAGAUAACUACACAGGCUUGAGAAAUCUUAUGCUACACAAACGCUGCACUAUCAAAGCGUUCAAUAAGGAUGUCUGGAAAAAGCUAUUUGAAAUGACGACUAAAUUAGACGAUGAUGACUACGGCAAGGUAAAGGAGGGGGAUGAAAGAAGUAGAAAGGAUGAAGAUGAACGUAUUCAGACCGAUUUGGAUCAUAUCAGAAAUAACCAAUUAUAAAUAUAACAUUUUAAUUUACGCACAAUUGCGUAUUCAGAUAUGAUGUAAAUUAACUGUAAGCAAAUUUAUUGACCAACUUUGUAUACAAUAAGCACAAGGAAAUUUACUUUACUGUAUUCGCCUUUUAUCAUAGAUAUUUACAUUGAAUUUCAUUUUUUAAAAUAAUUUCAAUAACUGAUAUUAUACCGGUAAAAUUAGUGCUUGUACAUGCUUAUUGUUUCCAAUCCCUGCUUUUCUUUUCAUUACAUACAUAAUGCAUAUCUAGGCCUAAACAAACUUGUAUAUGUUUAUCAUAACGCAAAAAUUUACAUGUAUACGCUAAUACAAUAAAGUAAAACUAUUUAUGAGA